GCAGGCCGACUGCAGCGGACUGGGCGGCGGAAGUUCGACGGCGCCGGGUGAGUGGCUGCGGUAGCGGCGCCGGAGUCCCGGCACAUCCCCCCAGGGCCCGCAGUAUAGCGGAGGCCAGCCAAGCCUGGGCGUGAGAUCCCGGACAGGAGGAAGGAACCCGUCUGACACACCAACAUGGACCUGGAAACCAAAAUGAAGAAGAUGGGCUUAGGUCAUGAGCAAGGAUUUGGAGCUCCCUGUUUAAAAUGCAAAGAAAAAUGUGAAGGAUUUGAACUGCACUUCUGGAGAAAAAUAUGUCGUAAUUGCAAGUGUGGCCAAGAAGAGCAUGAUGUCCUCUUGAGCAAUGAAGAGGACCGAAAAGUGGGAAAACUUUUUGAAGACACCAAGUACACCACCCUGAUUGCAAAGCUAAAAUCAGAUGGAAUUCCCAUGUAUAAACGCAAUGUUAUGAUAUUGACCAAUCCAGUUGCUGCCAAGAAGAAUGUCUCCAUCAAUACUGUUACCUAUGAGUGGGCUCCUCCUGUCCAGAAUCAAGCAUUGGCUAGGCAGUACAUGCAGAUGCUGCCCAAGGAUAAGCAGCCAGUGGCAGGCUCGGAGGGGGCACAGUACCGGAAAAAGCAGCUGGCAAAGCAGCUCCCUGCACAUGACCAGGACCCUUCCAAGUGCCAUGAGUUAUCUCCCAAAGAGGUGAAGGAGAUGGAACAGUUUGUGAAGAAAUACAAGAACGAGGCUUUGGGAGUAGGAGAUGUCAAACUUCCCUGUGAAAUGGACACUCAAGGCCCUGACAAAAUGUACAUUCCUGGCGGGGACAGAAACACCCCAGCAGCAGCAGGGCCCAUGGAGAACAAAUCUGCAGAGCACAAAAAAACACAAUAUUCCUGCUAUUGCUGCAAACAGAGUAUGAAGGAAGGUGACCCAGCCAUCUAUGCUGAAAGGGCUGGCUACGACAAACUGUGGCACCCAGCUUGUUUUGUCUGCAGCACCUGCUGUGAACUCCUGGUCGACAUGAUUUAUUUUUGGAAGAAUGGGAAGCUAUACUGUGGCAGACAUUACUGUGACAGCGAGAAACCACGAUGUGCUGGCUGUGAUGAGCUUAUAUUCAGCAAUGAGUAUACCCAGGCAGAAAACCAGAACUGGCAUCUGAAACACUUCUGCUGCUUUGACUGUGACAACAUCCUAGCGGGGGAAAUAUAUGUAAUGGUCAAUGACAAGCCUGUGUGCAAGCCGUGCUAUGUGAAGAAUCAUGCUGUGGUGUGUCAAGGAUGCCACAAUGCCAUCGAUCCAGAAGUGCAACGGGUGACCUACAACAGCUUUAGCUGGCACGCAACCACAGAGUGCUUUCUGUGCUCCUGCUGCAGCAAGAGCCUCAUUGGGCAGAAGUUCAUGCCCGUAGAAGGGAUGGUUUUCUGUUCAAUAGAAUGCAAGAAAAUGAUGUCUUAAGAAGAGAGAGCCAAGCAAUAUUGAGCAUACCUAUCCAAAGUGGUCUGCAUUUCUACUGUAAAAUGCAAUUUGAAAAAAAAAAUAAUAAUAAAGGGGGAAACAAAACUAUAAAGAGAACCAGAUUUUGUUCAGUAUCUUUCUGUAUUGUUUUUUCCUUAAAUUUUUUGUCUCAACUUUAAAAACCUGCUUUAAGCAUUUGAUUUUUAAAAUGGUAAAUAACUUUAGCUUUCCAAAUAUAAAAUCUUUGUGUUGGAAGCUUGGCUAUAAUUAACCUUCAAAUCCCUAUACCCUUGGUGCCAAACGCAGUAUAUUAAAAACUCUUAAAACUUAAUUUCCUUAAUGGAAAGAUGAGCAUUCAUAGUUUUCUACUUCUUCUUUCCUUCAUGUGUGAAGUGAAAAGGAAAUUAAAUUUGCCCUAAUGCCAAGGCUCUAUAUUUGAUGCACAGUUGAUUCUUUUUGACAGAGAAAAUAGAAAUGCAGUGCAAUAUGUGGAGCUGGUAUUUGAAUGCCUAUGCAUUUGCUCUUUCCUGGUUCAGGCAGCGAUGGCAUUUUCUUUAUUGCAUUUCUGUGUAUUUUAUUUGCCCUGCCUCUCAGUAUUUUCUUUGUAAACUGAAGCUCUCCAUCUGUGGCCUUUUUAUUAUCACAUAUGACAUAAUGAUAUCCACACUUUUUAACUUUUGUAGAUUUUUGUCUCGGGCAUAAAAGCCAUGCUACUCAUUUAUGUUGUUUUCAAUCCAAAGAAUAUGUCAUUUUUGUACACAGAAAACUAUAACUUGUAAUGAUUGCACUUGCCUGUCAUGGUUUGAAUAAAUGUUUUGCAUGGUUUUCAGUCUUAUCCAAUGGAUAUACUGUCUUAUGAUACUUUUAAACCUGUUCGUAGAUAUAAUGUCUUUGCCUAUAUACUUCCAUCCUUAGGUAUUUCUGAUGUUAUUUUUCCUUGUAUAGUUCCAUACAUAGUUAUUCACUAUGAAAAUUAAAUGUAAUGAAUUAUAUGUGUAUUAUACAAAAUAAAGUUUUGCACUUGA